GACGACGGCAGUACGGCGGGCGGCGCGGGGGGCGGUGAGGAAAAAAACAAAUGAUGUGACUGAUGCGGCACGGCAAAAUUGUUCGGCUAGCCCAGGAUUGUUCUUUCCCCAGCGCGUCUAAAGUCGCCGGUCCCGCUGCUCUUACUUUAUUUUCUCUCCGCUCCCUCUUUCUUUCCCUCACCAGCCUCCUUCUCACCUCCUUCCCUUUACUCCCUCCAACUCGCAACGCUCCUCUAACUCGCAAUAAUGGCUGCCGGCGCUGUCAAUGGCGAUAAGCCCAAGAGCACUUUCCUCUUUACCUCCGAGUCCGUCGGUGAGGGUCACCCCGACAAGAUUGCCGAUCAGGUCUCGGAUGCCAUUCUCGAUGCCUGCCUGGCGGAGGAUCCCCUCUCCAAGGUCGCUUGCGAGACGGCUACCAAGACUGGCAUGAUUAUGGUGUUCGGCGAGAUCACCACCAAGGCUCACCUCGACUACCAGAAGAUCAUCCGUAACACCAUUAAGGACAUUGGUUACGAUGACUCCGCCAAGGGCUUUGACUACAAGACCUGCAACGUCCUCGUUGCUAUUGAGCAGCAGUCGCCCGAUAUCGCUCAGGGUCUCCACUACGACGAGGCUCUUGAGAAGCUUGGCGCUGGUGACCAGGGUAUCAUGUUCGGCUAUGCUACCGACGAGACUCCCGAGCUGCUGCCCUUGACCAUUCAGCUGUCCCACAAGCUGAAUGCUGCUAUGAAGGAGGCCAGGAACGACGGCUCCCUCCCGUGGCUGCGCCCCGACACCAAGACCCAGGUCACGGUCGAGUAUGAGCACGAUGGCGGCGCCGUUGUUCCCAAGCGUGUCGACACUGUUGUCGUCAGUGCCCAGCAUGCUGAGACCAUCUCUACUGAGGAGCUCCGCAAGGAGAUCAAGGAAAAGAUCAUCCAGAAGGUUAUUCCGGCUCACUUGCUCGAUGACCGGACCGUCUACCACAUUCAACCCUCCGGCCUGUUCAUCAUUGGUGGUCCCCAGGGUGAUGCUGGUCUGACUGGCCGGAAGAUCAUCGUUGACACCUACGGUGGCUGGGGCGCCCACGGUGGUGGAGCCUUCUCUGGCAAGGACUACUCGAAGGUUGACCGUUCUGCUGCCUACCUCGGUCGCUGGAUGGCCAAGUCUCUUGUUAAGGCCGGUCUUGCCCGCCGUGCUUUGGUCCAGCUCUCUUACGCCAUCGGUGUCGCCGAGCCCCUCUCCAUCUUCGUCGAGACUUACGGCACUUCUGACAAGUCCUCGGAUGAGCUUGUCGAGAUCCUCCGCAACAACUUUGAUCUGAGGCCCGGUGUUAUUGUCAAGGAGCUGAACCUGACAAACCCCAUCUACUGCAAGACUGCCAAGAACGGCCACUUCUCGGACCAAAGCUUCACCUGGGAGCAGCCCAAGGAGCUGCAGUUCUAGAUACGCUUUACCUAUGAUUUAAUGACUCAACGUCAUGACGGGACAUUUGGUUUUUCAACAAAUAAUCGGCGUCAGGGAUACCAAAAUGGGUUUUGCAUAGUUGUGUGAGCAAAUCCUCCAGUAUUCAACAUAGACUCUAGAGCUUGCAACCGCAAGAGCUGCUAUUUGCUGGCUGAUAGA